CGGCCAGCUUCACCGGUCCAUUUCAAAGCCUAUCGCAGGCCGAGAUAUCGAGGUCAGGAAAUGGCAAGCCCCUUCGUUAGCUCCCAUCUGCGGCAGGACUAGCUGCUUCGAACAAUGGGCCGCAUCUGGGAACUUCCAGCAGCGCAUAGUUUUUAUCCGCCUGUUUCUGACUUUCGAUCUCCGCCUCUUUUUUUCCUUCCCAGCUGUCUUUUUCUUGUUUACCAAUACCACUUUGUUUUGCAGUCUUUCGAAAUGAGCACCAACGUUCUGGAAAUUCCACACACAGAGAUAAUAUCGCAGCUGGCGCGACACCUCAGUUCGAUCCCACCACGGCGCUCCCAGUUCCACAAGCGCGGCAGCGUGGCGAUAGUUCUGCGGCUGCACGCGGACCAGCUGCCCAGAUACACCAGCAGGGCGUCGCAGCUACAGUCGCUGCACGCAUUCCUGGCGCACAAGGACGUGCGGGCGGCGCGGGCGCAGGUGCUGUAUAUCCAGCGGGCAGCGUAUCCGGGCGACCCGUGGUCGGGGCAUAUAGGGUUUCCGGGCGGCAAGCGCGAGGACUCGGACAGAGACGACAAAAUGACGGCGGUGCGCGAGACGCAGGAGGAGCUGGGGCUGGACAUUGGCGGCGAGGGGUUUGAGUAUCUGGGCGAGCUCGACACGUGCCACGCGUACAUGUGGUUCAAUCUGCAGACGAUGAUGGUGGUGGUGCCGCAUGUGUUCCUGCAGGUGGUUGGAAGGACACCGGAGCUGAGGGUGUCGGCGGAGGUAGCGUCGGCGCACUGGAUCGACCUGGGCCAGCUGCUGAAGCGCGUGCAGACGCCGUGCGCGCCAUUCACCGAAGAGUACCGGUCGAUUCCGCUGGACGUCGCGGCCCGCGUGUUCCCGCGGUCCCGGCAGAAAUGGUGGUACUGGGUGAUGGAGAGAGUGCUGGGCACCACGCACUACACGGUGCUGCCGCUGGAGUUUGCGCGGGAGUUCUCGGUGGUGCGGUCGCAGAACCGCGGCUCGGUCAAUGCGCGGUACAGGGACGUGCGGUUCGCCAGCGACAAGGAGCUGUUCCUGUGGGGGAUCUCGCUGGAAAUCACCAGCGGGCUGGUCGACCUGGCAUUGCCGGCCUCGGCAGCGCUGCACCCGGCGUAUGUGUCGGUGGCCAGCCCCUGGCCGCAGAUGGAUAGGCGCAUGUGGGCCGACGUCAACUGGAUCACCAACGCUCUGCACGCGCAUGUGUGGGGGCCGCGCAGGCGCAAGCCAUACAAGGUCACGGGACUGGACUUUUUCCGGGCACACGCAUACGCACUGCGGCUGGCGCUGGGACUGUCGCUGGCGGCCCGCGCAUGGGCGGUUUAUUACGUGGCCCGCACAGUGCAGCGGCUUUUGGCAAAAUAAAAGAGUCUAAAAGGCAUCGUCCAGGUCGUCGGUGGCCAGCAAGCCCAGACCAAAGAC